UGUAGUUGUUUGUUAACCACUGAAUGUUUGAUGAGAGGUCAAAAAUAUCUCAUCUGACAAAUAAUUGAAUGUUUGAUUUGAUAAGAAGUCCUUAGCAGUUAUGGUUGCAGAGAUUCCUCACAAACACAGAAAAAUCUCAGAUUUUGGUUCCUAAGUCACAACUACGAUGGGUGCAUGCAGAGCACCCAUUUGCCAUCUUCCCCUGUGGAAGCCCAAAACCAGAAUCCAGAAUUCUCAGAGCAAAGCAUCAACACCACCACCUAUUUUUAGAAACAGGCGCUUAUUCCUCUUCUCUCUGCCCCUCUCUAGUUUCCUUCUCCUUCCUGUUCCUAGCUUUGGUGAUGGAUCUUCUUCAUAUGCUGCCACAAUGUUUGACCCAUUAACUGCUUCUGAAAGAGAAGCAAGUGCUUUAGUUUCACAGAGAGUGUCUCAAGCAGUGGAGUUGCUGGAGAAAGGGAGGGAAUUGCAGGCUCAGGGUGACUUUGGUGGUGCUCUUCAAUACUUUUCUCAGGUUAUUGAAAGCUACAAAGACUUGGCAUUCUCAGAGUAUGCAAGGGUAGGAAGAGCAUUGGCCCUAUAUGAAGUUGGUGAUAGAGAAGAAGCAAUAGCUGAGAUGGAAGACGUUUCAAUAUCUUUAAAAGGGUAUCCAGAAAUACAUGCAGCUCUUGCAGCAGCCUUAUAUGAAGAUAAGCACGCUGCUUUGCUUGCUGAAAACCAGUUUGCCAUUGCAACUCUGCUUGAUCCCCAUUUUACAGACCUUUCGUAUGUUAGAGACACAAAGCACUGGCCUCCAAGUUUGGUCAGUUCUCUGCAGCACUUCAUCACACUAUCUUAAGAGUUAAGACCAUACAGAAUAUUUAUACUUCUUGUUUGACCCAUACCAAGCAGUGCCAGGUAUAUGAAAACUUUGGAAGUUUACACUUCAAAUAUGUAACUUUGUUUAUAUAUUUAAUUUUUUCAAUUUUAACUCUCUUGUUUAUGAAAUGUAAAGUAACGGUGAUAUAAAUUCUCUCACUGUUGUCUUUAAAUGUUGCACAGGAAGGUUUUUCCCAAAAUUUGUGACACUGUUUCUAAUUCAGAAGCUGAAUUGUUAAACUCUA